AUGGCCCGGGACAGACCUCAUCCUCAUGCUCGCUUUUCUCUCGUCCCGCACAGCGAACGAGCCAAGGCGACACUGAGGCACCCAGCCAAUGCUCACCGUUUAUCAAACAUCUCCGAUGACCCACACUCUAUACCGACCUACGCCCUUGAUGUCGGCUUUCAUAUUGGAUCCGAAUCGCGGUACACGCUGGCCACCAUUGGACGCUCCGGCGAUAUAGUUGUCGAAGGAGCGGAUAUCUCGCGGAUUCAGUGCUCCUUUGAGGUUCCCGAGCUCAAUCAGGACGAGGUUAUGCUCCAAGACCGCUCAAGCCUGCACAACACGCAGUUCCACGGUGAGACUGCCGUGUCCUUCGAGCCGGGACGGAUCCCACGCCGUGUGGUCAUAGACCCCAGCAUCAAUUUGCUGUUGGGAUUUGGAGGUGCCGGCUGUGACUCAUAUCUGUUCAGAAUCGUCUGGCACGACAGGCUAGAGGUCAACGUGCCAAAACUCAUCAGCUUCCGCGAGGACAAUCCACGCCUAGCACGCACAGUCGUAGACGAAGAUCCCACUACAAUGACACCAUCGGACCGCGCAACCCGUCUUCACAUCCCGGCUUCCGAAAACUUGCAACCUAUCAGGUACUCGACCCGGCGCAAAUUGGGCAGGGGAGCCUUCGGUGAGGUGUAUAGCGUCAUCAACAUCGACACCGGUAAGCUUUUAGCCGUGAAGAAAGUGAAGCGUCCUGAUGCCCGAGACCAUCACGGGUGUAUGAUGCUGCAGCGAGAGAUUGAUGCCUUGACUGCGAUCUCCCACAAACACAUUAUCGAAUACCUACAGGCUGAAUUGGAAGAGGAGCAUGUCCUCAUUUUCAUGGAACACAAGACAGGUAACGUUGAGCAGCUGAUUCGACAGAACAUGUUCGUCAAGAAGCCGGCCUUGGUAGAGACUCUCCUUCACGAAAUGCUUCAGGCGCUUGACUAUUUAUCGUACAACGGCAUCAUCCACCGCGAUGUGAAGCCGGCAAACAUCCUGUUUGAUCCAGUCUCGCACCCCGGCGAGGAAGAACGGUUCACAUAUAAGCUUGCGGACUUUGGCAUCGUCAAUAUUGCCUCCCAAGCCCGUACGUGCGUCGGAACGGACAUCUACAGGGCGCCCGAAGUGAAGCCCGAUGCCCCACAAACCACCAAAGUUGACAUCUGGUCGCUCUUUGUCACGGUAGCGUGCGCAUUAGAUGCGGGCGGCUUUCAGGGGAAGCGGAAGCUCACACAAAAAUCCACAAUCGAGGCGAUCCAAGCGGCCGCGAACACAACUAUGCUUCAGCAUCUGCGACCGAUGGCAGAAAUAGAUCCGAACCAAAGAGCGUCAGCGGCGGACAUCCUGACCUGGUUUUUCCGUGGAGUGGGUCGGACUACACCUUCUGGUGCGAAUGGAACACCGGGACCGGGCCCUGGAGGAAUGUUUCAAGGGCCAGCCAAAGGCUAG